AUGGCAGCAUAAAAGCAGCCCCAUCCUACCAGCCACCCCUCCACCAACUUGCCCCUCCCACCUCAGCACAACAAAUAAAUCUCAUUCCUCUGGAAUUAUUGCUUCGUUCUCACCACCAUCGUCACUAAAUAUUUAGUUUAGAUCGUCCCACAGAGUUCCAUAGCUUCGCUCCGCCAAUAACAGCAAUGUCAUCGACCGAAGGCAAGGUGAGAAAUCAAAGUUUUGCGCAACAAGGGCUUGCCUCCAACAGUUGGGCUCGUCUAACCAAUUAUAGACCAUUACCUGCAGAGCUGCUGUCGCGUGGGAGCCCGGAAAGCCGCUUUCUAUCGAGGAAAUCGAGGUCGCGCCCCCCAGGGGGCAUGAGGUCAGAAUCAAAAUCCACUACACUGGAGUUUGUCACACCGGUAAUGAUUUACCUCACCGGAUAAUACAAGCUUCCGACAAGACUGAGACUAUGUAUUACAGAUGCAUACACUCUCUCCGGGAAAGACCCUGAGGGUGCCUUCCCCAUUGUCCUUGGGCAUGAGGGUGCCGGAAUUGUGGAGUCGAUCGGUGAGGGCGUUACCAAUGUGAAGGUGGGAGAUCACGUUGUUGCACUAUAUACCCCUGAAUGCCGUGAAUGCAAGUUCUGCAAGUCUGGAAAGGUAGUCUUUUGGCCUACCCCCCCCCCAACAAGAUAUUUAAACUAACGGGUGGGUGUGUAGACCAACCUGUGCGGCAAAAUCCGCGCCACCCAAGGGAAGGGUGUUAUGCCCGACGGAACAUCUCGGUUCAGGGCCAAAGGCAAAGACCUCUUGCAUUUCAUGGGCACAUCCACCUUCAGCCAGUAUACCGUGGUCGCAGAUAUUUCAGUCGUUGCCAUCACCUACGAUGUAUCCAUGGAAAAAACCUGCCUCUUGGGCUGCGGUAUUACAACUGGAUACGGAGCUGCAGUCGUUACGGCAGGUGUCGAGAAGGACUCCACUGUAGCUGUUUUCGGCGCAGGCUGUGUCGGCCUCUCGGUAAUCCAGGGUGCUGUGAAGUGCGGUGCCAACAAAAUCAUUGUCGUGGACGUCAAUGACAAAAAGGAAGAAUGGGGUAAGAAAUUCGGCGCAACCCACUUUGUCAACCCAUCCAAAAUUGGCAACCAGACCAUACAGGAAAGGCUUAUUGAAAUGACGGACGGUGGCCUGGACUACACAUUUGAUUGUACCGGAAAUGUUCAAGUGAUGAGAGCAGCCCUGGAGGCAUGCCACAAGGGUUGGGGUCAGUCGAUCGUGAUCGGCGUCGCUGCCGCCGGCCAGGAAAUUUCUACAAGGCGUUAGUCUCUCCUAAAGCCUCGGUGAUACUACUAUUGCUUAAGGCUUAACUGCUGGAUUUACUUUUGCUGACCACAUAUAUACACUUGUUUCCCACAACAGCAUUCCAGCUAGUCACCGGGCGUGUCUGGAAGGGUUGCGCCUUCGGAGGAAUUAAAGGUCGUACUCAGCUUCCCGACCUGGUUAGGGACUACACGGAAGGAAAACUGAAAGUGGACGAGUGUAAGUAUGCAGACAACUCCCAACCCUAUUGUAUAUUUCAUAAAGGUUGCGAAAGGGAGCUCUUUUUUUUUUCAGAGCUCGAUUGCGCCAUAGCGUUAGCGCCCACAGGGAGCCAUACAUAAAGAAUCAGAUAUACCCGUACUUGAAUUCUCAAGUCCUGUGGCUUGCCAAGCGCUAAUUAAACAGAGAGCUUUAAAAAAAAAAGAAUUCGCAACCUUCAGGAAAUCUACCGUACAACACAAGUGCACUUCUUAGGCGAAAAGAGUUGGGGGGUUAUCGGAAUUGGGAGAAAUUUGACUGACUGGUCUCGUUUAUGAUAUAACUCCUUGCAGUUAUCACCCACCGUGAGCCUCUCGGUCAAAUCAACAACGCAUUCGACCAGAUGAAGGCGGGUGACUGCAUCAGGUGAGUAAACCCUUGUUAUUAAUCGUUCUCAUGCAGUGCUAACCUGGGACUGGGUUCUAGAUGUGUCGUCAACAUGCAAUAAAAAAGGGUUCAAUUUGAGAUAUUGAAUGGGGCUGCUUGAUUUGCCGGUCUACCGCUCUUUUCUUCCUCUUUUUUUCCCGCCAUGUGGCGGUGGUGGAUAUUCCCUCUUAUCAUAGUUUUACGCUCUGGGGUCUGGCCAUUUCAAGCCCGAUGUGGUCUCUCCACACUUUUCUUUGUCUCUCUUCUUUCCUUUUUUCCCCCCUACUUCCGUCCUUCCCCAUACUACAGUACACGAGCGCCGGUCCGUACUUUUGCCAUACCGAUGCCGUAUGACACGAUCUUCCACACGGGAAUUUGAGUUUUUUUUCUUUUUUCCCUUGUUGCCCUUCCAUCCCAUACUGUACUCGAGUACCUAGCACUUGGGUGCUCGGCCACGUACUGUACGACAAGUGAAAGACAAAAUAUUAUACCAUGCAAGAA